ACACGAAGAGUCACCUACUUUAUCUCAAAUAGAGAAGGCGGAGUAAGAACCUCGGUAUUGUCAUCCGAAUAAAGGAUCUUCCAAGAACCCUAACAAUCAAGUCUCACAAACUUGAGCAAAAAAAAACAAGAAAGACGAAGAUGGUGAGAAUCAAGCAUGCACUCCCGAAACGAUGGAAGGGAAGAUCUGCACUAAAAAGAGAACUCUGGGCAAAACAUCGCUGGAUGCGUCUACUGGCUUCAAAGGACGCACAACAAACCGAUGGUCAUCUUCAUACACAGGCGGCAGAAGAAGACGAAGAAAAUCUCCCACAACCCAAUCUGGAAGAAUCAAGCAUGGAGCAACCAGAUUCAAGAUCUGUAGACGCUGAAGUCAGAAAAGACACAGAAGAUGAUGUGAUUCUACACCCUGUAACCACAAUCUCAGAAACACUCUACCUAGAGCACACAGUCACUCAACAAGAAGAGAACAUGCAAAGCAAAAAGAAGGAAGAUCUGCAGUCAGAGAAGGAAAUACCAGAGAUUGUGGAUGAAGAACCUUUACUAGCAUGCUCAGAUGUGCCUUUUGAAUAUCUACAAUUCACAACUCCAGCAUCCAAGAAAGCAAUGGCGAAACGCACUGGAUCCAGAUGGUCGCUGCGCCAAAAGGCAAAGGAGAAUCAAGAAUCAGAAGGGAUUGAAGAAAUUCAAACAAAAGAAGUGAAAAAGAAGGAACUAAAGCGGAAGGAGAAAGCAACGGAUGACCAGGAGGAGAGCUCAAAGAAGCAGAAAACAUCAUCUUCCUCAGCAAAGCACAUAAUCAGAAGUCAGAUCAACCAAAGGAAAAAUGCAAAAGCAGAAAAGUCACCCAAACCAGGGAAGUUUUCUAAACAGCUGUUUGUUUCAUCAAUUACUAGCUCAUACAUGUCUGAAAUUGCCAAGAAAACCAUUCUGCCACAAAGAAGUAUUGAUGUUGAGGAUUUUGAAGCAAAAACAAACUUAAUCCCUGUGCUGAAAAAGUGUAAUUUGCUUAAAUCAAUUACUUUGCCUGGUUCCUAUGUGAGAAAAGUCAUUCAAGAGUUUUACUGCAACUUGUCUGAGGGUUGCAACAUUCACACUAACUCUUCAUACCACAAAGUGUUUAUGAGAGGGAAAACCUUUGAUCUGUCCCCUACCAAAAUCAAUCAGUUUCUAAACAUAAAACCUCCCUCCUCUGAAUUCAAUGUGAAUGAAAGACAAGUCUGGACUGACCUCACAAAUGGUGAGCGUAUAUCUCAAUCCACCAAGUCAAAAGUGUCCUCGUCCAUCCUCAAAAAUUCCUAUGCCAUACUGUUCAGGAUCAUAAGCUUUGCAUCUGAGAGGGCCAAACAGAAUUCUAAUGGGCUUCCUUAUCCUCUUCUUAUUUAUCAAAUGCUCAAAUCUCAGAAACUUGUAGUUGCAGAUGAAGAAGAACCUGCUCCUCCUCUUCUCCAGGUUGAUUUAAGGCACUUUGAAGGAAGACAUUACAAUGACAUGGCAACAAGGGAAGAACAGAAGACAGCCCCAUCAAUUCUUCAGUCAAACUUUUCAAAAACAGCUUUCAUCAAAGGAGAAAUUCAGCUGCUGCAAGAGAAGAUUGAGGAAUACAAGAAGCUGAUCGAAGAAGCUGAAAUCAAAAAGAAAAAAUGGGCCAUUAUCAUAUCAUCUCUGGACACCACACCAGAUGAAGUUGCUAAAUCUCUGGGGGGGAAGUCCAAGCAAGAUGAGUCAGAUGAUGCUGCAACACAGGGGGAGCAAAGUGAAGAUGAUGAAGCCACUUAGGAAGGAGAGGACAACGCAGAUGCAGAGGAUGAUAACCUAGCAAAUGAAGAGUCAGACUUUGA